AUGGACGCUUUGAAGGAGGGCUGGUUCAGCGAACUCUCGCCGGACGACUUGGCCGCCAUUAAGGGCCAAAGUAGUGAUGAUAAGCAAUUGAAAAGUGAUGGUGUAGAGAUGGGAAGUCCUUGGCCUGGCCAAGCCUUCUCCUUGAAGGUUGAGGAAGUCUUGUUCGAAGGAAGGUCUGAUUUCCAAGAUGUUAUCGUCUUCAGAAGGUAAGACUGUCAUUUGGCAAGUUUACUUUAAACUACCAAUAUAGAAAAAUCUAUAGUUUUAAACCGUAAUUUAUGUUAAUAUAUUGUCUUUAAAGUAAUGUUAAGUAAUCUUAUAGCAAAGCUCAUGGCAACGUGCUGGUGUUGGAUAAUGUGAUCCAAUGUACCGAAAGAGAUGAGUUUUCGUAUCAAGAGAUGUUAACCCAUCUGCCAAUGUUUGCACACAAGAAUCCGAAGAAAGUUUUGAUUAUUGGUGGUGGGGAUGGAGGAAUUCUUCGAGAAGUCCUGAAACACGACCAAGUUGAAGAGGUUCACAUGUGUGAGAUUGACAAAAUGGUCAUUGACGUGGGUUAUUUGUAGUUAAAAGUAGAAUGUCUUUAAUUAUUGUAGGAUUUUGGUCACUGAAACCCAUUGAGACCCCGGUCCAUUGAGACCUCGAGCCCAUUGAGACCCCAAACGCCCAUUGAGACCUUAAAAGGAGGGUCGGCGGAGACUUUAGGAGGUUCGGCGGAGGGUAGGCGAAGGCUUUAGGGUAUUUGGCGGAGGCUUUAGGGGAUUUGGCGGAGGGUCGGCGGAGGCUUCAGGGCAUUCGGCGGAGGCUUUAGGGGAUUCGGCGGAGGGUCGGCGGAUGCUUUAGGAGGUUCGGCGGAGGGUCGGCGGAGGCUUUAGGGGGUUCGGCGGAGGGUCGGCGGAGACUUUAAGAUAUUCGGCGGAGACUUUUAUGCAUUCGGCGUGUAUCUACCCAAUUUUACCCCUAACCUUUUUAGCCCUACACAACCUUACCCUUGCUCACUUUACUCUACCCAACUAUACCAUACCCAUCCUUUAUAAUAUACCAUACUAUACCCUAUUGUACUUAAUAUACCGUAUCCUAUUAUAACCUAUCCUAUCUACCAUGCUAAACCCUACAAUACUCUACCAUACAAUACCAUACCAUACUUUACAAUACCAUACCAUAUCAUACCAUAACAUACCAUACCAUACCAUACUAUACCAAACUGUACCAUACCUUACCUUAUUCAACCUUAUACAAAACUACCGUGUACUAUUUGUGGGUAUAGCAAAACUACCGUGUACUAUUUGUGAGUAGAAUAAGUAAGUAAAACAACAUAAAUGGUAUAAUAUAGUCAAGUAUAGUAUGGCAUAGUAUGGGAUAAUAUGGUACGUUAUAUUAUUACUAAGUUCUCCGCCGAAUCUCCUAAAUUCUCCGCCGACCCUACGCCGAAUCCUCUAAAGUCUCCGCCGACCCUCCGCCGAAUCUCCUAAAGCCUCCGCCGACCCUACGCCGAAUUCCCUAAAGCCUCCGCCGACCCACCUCUCAAGGUCUCAAUGGGCGUUUGGGGUCUCAAUGGGCUCGAGGUCUCAAUGGACCGGGGUCUCAAUAGGCGCGAGGUCUCAAUGGGAGGGAUUCGAUUUUGGUUCAGGGGAAGGGAAUUGUAAUCUAGAUAUCAUUUACAAAAAGUCUUUUUAGGUAAGCAAGAAGUACCUUCCAAACAUGGCCAAGGAGCUUGGUAACCCAAAGUUCAAGUUGUUUAUUGACGAUGGUUUCAAGUUUUUGAAGAAUCACGAAAACGAGUACGAUGUGGUGAUCACCGAUUCUUCCGAUCCUAUUGGCCCAGCUGAGAGUUUGUUUGGCCAAACCUUCUACGAAUUGAUUAACAAGGCUCUGAAGCCGAAUGGAGUUCUGGCUUCUCAAUGUAAGUUAUGGUAUCUACUGACAAUAGUUAUUAUGAAGUUUGUGUCUUCUGUCUUAUCUACUGUAUUUUGCAAGAAAUACUGUAAGUUUGUAAUAGCUUUCUACUGAAAUAGUUAUUGUUGACAGUAAAUAAGAUGAUAUUACAUGGUUAAUUAACUAUGUCAAUAGUUACGCUUAAUGGUUGUUUAUGAGUAAUUGAAUUAUUUAUGUUGAGGAUGACAGACUAAUUGGAAGUUUUGACAUCUUUUUCGUUAUACGGCACAUAUAACUAAUCAUGGACAUUAAAUAUAAUAUAUUUACUUGCUAUAUGUGUUUUUAUACCAAUCUAUCUUUACGAUAUAUAUAGGUUAUCUGAAAUACAUGUAAAAAUAUCAUCUAAAGAAGCUAAGGUAACAUUAUGUUUUAGGCGAAAGCUUUUGGCUGCACUUGGAUUUGAUUGCUCACAUGGUCAAGUUCAACCGUCGUAUCUUCAAAAACGUGAGAUACGCCAGUUCCGUCGUAUCCACGUACCCAUCUGGUGUUAUGGGCUAUUUAUUGGCCUCGAAAGGCCCUGAGGUGGGUUAAUUACGGCUGCUUUUGGGGGAGGAACGGCUGGUAAUUAGAUUAUAUACUUGUUUGUGUUACUGUUCACGGCUUUGUAGGGCAGUUUAUGUACAUAUAACAUUGUGUGCUGCUUACAAAAGAGGGUCCUAUACAAUUUUUGUUGUAAAAUAGGUAUUAUUUUAAAUGUAAGCGAUGAUUUUAAGACAAUAUACAGUUAUAUAUUGACUGUUUUACUACGUGAUUGUACUAUAACAAUGUAAGAGUCCUCACAUUACCUAAAAUAUGUAAAAUGUUUUGUAUGCAUUGUUUAUUAUUGUAUGUACAUGUUAUUCAACAUGCUACGGUAAUGUUGCCUUGCGGGUCACGUUUUAUGACUUUUAUACUAUGUUGUUUAUAACUGUUAUUCCCCGUAUCUUGCAAUGUCAACAAAUUUAUAUUGUCAUAUUGCACAUAACCUUGGAUUUAUGUCAUGUUUUGUGUAAUUUUAUGUGAUAUUUGUUUUUACAUUGUGUUUAUAUCUGUACAUGACUUUGUUUUGGGGCGGUGAAAGUCAUUUACAAUGUAGUAAUAGUAAUUUAAAUUGUAAAUUGUGAAAAUAUUUGGGAGUAUUAAGGUGUUUUGACAUUGUUUCUCAAAACUGCUUCUAUUUUUAUAUACCUAAUUAGGUAACAAUUCUAUAUAAAUGGUCGGAACAUAUUGACACUUUGUGCUGACAGUAUGAUCGUACCUCCACAGAAUCCCAACUAACUCAAUUCGUAUUCAGGAGAACGAACUGAGUGUGCCGAAGCGUGCGGUCACGCCCGCCCAACGUGAACAGCUCCGGUUCUACAGCGGCGAUGUCCAUUCGGCCGCCUUCGUGCUACCGGCCUUCGUACACGAGACUUUAAUUUGA